AUGCCGUUUGAUCCGGCCUGGUUAACGACGGAACCGCCGCCACCGAUAGUGGACGAACGGGACGAUGUGCUCCGUGCGUUCCUGCUCGACCCACAGAUUCCCGUGAACGAUCCCAAACCGUACUACGAACCGCGCCAUCCCAACAUCGAGCAACUGUACGACGUUCCGUUCGCUCCGAUCAUUAGCCGGAUCGUGCCGGAACGCUGUGCCGAGACGGGGCGUGUGCUGGACUUUGUCGAGGUGUUGGUACAGAAUGCGGGUGCGAAUGCAAAAAACUCCAUGUCCCUGCAACGGGAACCAUCAAAGGGUGAAUCGGCCCGCGGAUCGGCAUCGUACUUUCCCUUUUGGCCGGGCGGGUUCGAAACAUCGGAAACGAUCCUCGGAUCACUGCCAUCACCCAGCGGUGAUGAGCCGCUGUUUACGGGCAACCUCAAGACCUGUCCACCCGGCUUUGCGAGUGGCAUCGAUUUUGGAUCCAGCACCACCGAAGGGGCCGCCAGUAAAGGCGGUAACAGUGCCGCCGAUGGCGGCUUAGUUGAUCUUCUGUCGGCAAUCGAUACUGGUGAAGGUUUCGAUCUGCUGGCGGAAGAUGGCGGGAAGGAAAAGGACGAGGGAAAGCCAAAGCCAACCAACGACACGCUAACGCCGCUUGGUGAGGAGGAAGAGAAAGUGCUGGCAACGGCCGAUAGGGGCCCGCACGUGCUGAAUAUAUCGAGCAACACGACCAGCUCCAUCCAGUCGGCGGAGUGGGCCGAAAUGCUGGACAUUUCGAAGCCCGUCGACGAUUUCUACGCCAAGAUACCGGUGAUGGCGCAUCGGUUCCCGUUCGAGUUGGACAUUUUCCAGAAGCAGGCCAUCCUGAAGCUCGAGGAGCACAGCCACGUGUUUGUGGCGGCGCACACGUCCGCCGGCAAAACGGUGGUGGCCGAGUAUGCGAUCGCACUGUCGAAGAAACACAUGACCAAGAGCAUCUACACGUCGCCGAUCAAGGCGCUAUCGAACCAGAAGUACCGCGACUUUAAGACCACCUUCCAGGACGUGGGCCUGAUGACGGGCGACAUUCAGAUCGAUCCGACGGCAUCAUGUCUGAUCAUGACGACCGAGAUCCUGCGCUCGAUGCUGUACUGCGGGAGCGACAUUACGCGCGAUCUCGAGUACGUGAUCUUCGACGAGGUACACUACAUUACCGACUCCGAGCGGGGCCACGUGUGGGAAGAGGUGCUGAUACUGUUGCCCGACCACGUGUGCAUCGUAAUGCUGAGUGCCACCGUUCCGAACACGAUCGAGUUUGCCAACUGGGUCGGGAAGACGAAGCAGAAGCGUGUUUAUGUGGUCAGCACGGCAAAGCGACCCGUUCCGCUCGAGCACCACCUGUACACCGGGUUCGGGGGUAAAACGCGCCACGAUUCGUUCCAGAUUGUCAACGAGCAAAGCCAGUUCCUGCAGGAGGGCUACCGGAAGGCGAAGGAGUGCGUGGAAGCCAAGCUGGCCAAGGCGGGCCCGGUGCGACACCAGCAACGCGCGGGGCAGUACAGCCAGAAGCAGGAGCAGACACUCUGGGUCGGGUUGAUCGAUCAUCUGCAGAAGCAGGACAAGCUCCCGGUCGUGGCGUUCACACUGUCGCGCAAACGGUGCGACAACAACGCCGAGGCCCUGAUGUCGUGCGAUCUGACGACGGCCCGCGAAAAGUACGCCAUCAAUUCGUUCUUUCAGCUGUGCCUGCACCGGCUUAUCGCGCCCGACCGGGUCCUGCCGCAGGUGAUUCAGGUGCAGAGUUGCCUGGAGCGUGGCAUCGGCAUCCACCACAGUGGCAUUUUGCCGAUCCUGAAGGAGAUCGUGGAGAUGUUGUUUGCCCGGGGCCUCGUGAAGAUACUGUUCGCGACGGAAACGUUCGCGAUGGGCGUGAACAUGCCGGCGCGGACAGUGAUUUUCGAUAGUACGCGCAAGUUCGAUGGCCAGUGCGUGCGGCCACUUCAAACGGCGGAGUACACGCAGAUGGCGGGACGGGCGGGGCGCCGCGGGCUGGACAAAACGGGCACCGUGAUUAUCAUCUGCAAGAACGGAAUACCGCCCGAAUCGGAACUGCGCACGAUGAUCCUGGGCAAACCGAUCCGGCUCGAGUCGCAGUUCCGGCUGACGUACGCCAUGAUGCUGUACCUGUUGCGCGUCGAGCUGGUGACGGUCGAGAGCAUGAUGUUGCACAGCUUCCGGGAGUUUGGCAAGCGGCAGCGGAUGCCCCAGAGCAAGCUCGAGCUGACCAAGGUGCAGGAGAAGGUGUCUGCGCUCAGCAAACUCGGGGACCACCUGCAGCCGCUGUGCGAGUUUUACCGUGCAGCACGUGACUACAUUAGCGUGUGGAAUGAGCUGGUGCCUCAGCAGCUCUGCCAGACGAAGGCACUGAACGAGCUCAAACCGGGCCGUGUGCUGGUAGUGACGGAGAAGGGCCACUACAACAAGCUGGCCAUUUUGCUGUCGGUCACACUGCAGACGCACAAGCUGAUGAAACUGACCGUCUUGGUGCUGGACCACCAACACCCACGGGAGCAGCAGCAGGGGACGGCCGGCGACUCUUCGGAGACGCUCGAUCGGGGUCCACUCUGGCACCAGAUGCUGUCCCUUUCCGCCAACUAUAUGUCGUUCAUCCCGGAAGGCGUCGGUGGACACCAGAUCCUAACGAUCGGGCCCACGAACGUGAUCGAGGUAACGAAGCUUAUGAUCAAGUGUGACCCCGCCAAAAUCCUACAAAACUGGGACACCCGUCAAAUACCGCGAUUCCGCGAUGCGCCACCAACGCAAGCGGUCGUUGACGCCGUGGCCAGUCUCGCGGAGUUGCACGGAAGCCUCGUUGAAGGCAACACGAUCGGGGUGCUCGAAGUUAUCCAGCUUCGCACACUGUUCCAGCAUGUUGACCUCACCAAUGAGCUGGCCGCUGCCCAUGCACGUGUGGUGGAAUACUACCCAUACACCUGCAUUCCGCACUUUGAGCACGAAUUCGCGAAGGUUUACGAUCGCAUGGAACUGGAGGCGAAGCUGGACGAGCUCAAGUACCAGGUGUCGUACGAAAGUAUGUCACUGUAUCCGGACUACUGCCGGAAGUUGGAGGUACUCCAGGCGCUCAAGUACAUCGACGACACGCAUCAAGUGGCCAUGAAAGGGCGAGUGGCGUGCGAGAUGGGCCAGAACGAGCUGAUGAUCACGGAGCUGGUGAUGCGCAACAUACUGACCGAUCUGCAACCGGCCGAAAUCGCGGCCCUCCUGUCCAGUCUCGUGUUUCAGGCCAAAACGGAUGUGCAGCCAAAACUUACCGAAACACUGCAACAGGCUGAGGCACAGUUCCGGGAAGUGGAAAACGACAUCCGGACGGUCGAGCGGCAGUACGGUGUGACGGAGGUGAUUAAAAAGGAGGAACUGAACUUUGGCCUGGUCGAGGUGGUGUACGAGUGGGCGCGCAACAAACCGUUCGCGGAGAUCAUGGUGCUGACCGACAUCAAGGAGGGCAUCAUUGUGCGGUGCAUUCAGCAGCUCAACGAGACGCUGUGCAACGUGAAGGACGCCGCGCAGAUCAUCGGCGAUCCGGUGUUGCAGAGCAAGAUGGAGGAGGCAUCGAAUGCGAUCAAACGAGACAUUGUGUUCGCGGCCAGCCUUUACACCUCGAGCACGCCGAUCGAUAUCGAAGCGCAGCCGCUGGAUUGA